CGUACGCAUCAUCAUCAUCAAAAACAAAAGUCAUUGUCUUUGUGUGUUUCAGUUCUCUUUCUGUGUGUUCGGUUUUUCAUUUAAAUCGAAAUUAUUUCGGUGAAUACGACUUAAUUGUUGAUUAUUACAUAGGAAUUUGCUCGAUUAAUCGUCAACAAUCCGAUUGUUAUUGAAGUCGUAUGACAAAUUUUCUGUAAUUUCAGCAUUUCAACUGGAAAAUUGGAUGCCGAUCAACGUUGAGUCAGCGAGUGGGUGUAUCACCAAGGCUUUCAAAGUAUUGUGAAUAUUUAUAAAUCGCGAAUUUAUCAUCAUUUUUCGACGGCAAACACCGACAACCGAUCCCACAGGAAAAGAAGUAGAUAGAAAAACAACAUCGCCAGUUUUUCAUUUUUAUAAAAGUGCUCUCAUCGUAUUGAAUCGCGACCAAGGUAAUCCCGUACGCAUUUCGGGUUCGAAGAAAGCUUGCAUCAAAGUAGACAGCAGACAGCAAUAGCAUCAGUAGCAGUAUCAUCAUGAGUGUAAACGGUUUCGAAGACAUUUUGAAUGAUCCAUUUGCCCAAUAUUUGCAAUUGUCGGCAAAAAUUGGUGGUGAUGUGGCGCAACAAGCGGACUUUGUGAAGAAGGCAUUCAAAGCGCAAUUGGAAUUUAUCAAGUUGGCAUCAACAUCCAGCCAACCGGCACAAGCUCAAUUGGCCACCUUGUUGAAACCAACAUCCGAUCAAAUUUCGGCCAUUCAAGAGUACCGUGAGAAACAUCGUACAUCGCCAUUCUUCAAUCAUUUGUCGGCCAUCAGCGAAAGUAUUCCGGCAUUGGGUUGGGUAUGCGUUGCACCAACACCGGGACCACAUGUGAAAGAGAUGAACGAUGCCGGUCAAUUCUAUACAAACCGUGUGCUGAAGGAAUGGAAGGAAAAGAAUGCCACUCACGUUGAAUGGGCACGUUCAUGGGUGUCAACAUUGACCGAAUUACAGAAAUACAUCAAACAACAUCACACCACCGGUUUGGUUUGGUCGGGUAUAUCGGCCCCACCGAGUGGUCCAGCUGGUGGCGCUCCACCACCACCACCACCACCUGUGUUGCCACCAGUUGGUGAUUUGUCGUUGGGAGCCGGCGGCGAAGACGAUGGCCGCAGCGCAUUAUUCGCACAAAUCAAUCAGGGCGAGGACAUUACGAAGAGUUUGAAACGUGUUACAGCCGAUAUGCAAACACACAAGAACCCCGGACUGCGCACUGGACCAGCACCAUUCAAGGCACCAACCGCAUCGGUUAAACCAGUGGCUAAACCUGUUGAAAGCAAACCGCCGGUGUUCACGCGUGACGGCAAAAAAUGGCUCAUCGAAUACCAGAAAAAUAAUACCGGUCUUGUGGUCGAGGGUGCCGAAAUGAACAACGUUGUGUACGUGUUCCGAUGCGAAAAUUCAACCAUCACCGUCAAAGGGAAGAUCAACAGCAUUUUCCUUGAUUCGUGCAAAAAAUGUUCCGUAGUAUUCGAUUCGCUUGUGUCGUCCAUUGAAUUUGUCAAUUGCCAAAGUGUGCAGAUGCAAGUGCUGGGUCAUGUGCCAACCAUUUCAAUCGAUAAAACUGAUGGCUGCCAAAUGUAUUUGUCCGAGGAAUCGAAGAAAGUCGAAAUUGUAUCGUCCAAAUCAUCUGAAAUGAAUGUUUUGCUGCCAAAAGGUACGGCCGGCGAUUACACCGAACACCCAAUCCCAGAGCAAUUCAAAACCACCAUUUCAGGUAACGGUUUGAGCACAAUCUGUGUCGAAAGUCUUGGCUAGAGAGACAAAUCGCUUCGAUACGGAUUGAUUUGCAUGGAUUAGAAAUGGAUGAAGAAAUAUAUAUGUGUGUCACAAACAAGCAAACAUAAAAAAGAGAAAAAAAAUGGCAAUAAGUCCAAGCAUUUUUUAUAACUAUUCUAAUUACACUUAUUAAUCGGCGACAGUUAGUAUGCCAAUCGCAAACUAUCUGCUAAUUAAUACAAAAAUAUAUUUCUACUUUCAUACGCAUAUACAAUAUCUAAAUAAUACCAUGCAGAAUUACACUUCCUUUCAGUUUUCCUACAACAACAACAAAAAGAAACAUAAGCAAAUAUUUUCGCGUUUAUUUUUGCAGAAAUGAUAUUUUUCGUAUUUUUUUCAAUUUUCCUAUAUUUAUUCUGUUUAACGAUAAAAAAAGAGAGAAAAAAAAACAAAAAGCAAAAUCAAACAACAACAAAAAAAUCAAUAAGUACUUUUAAGGUAUCAGAAUGAAUUAAAUAAAGGCAGGUGCAGUGUGUCGUUUGCAUGAUUUCGUUUUUUCGCAUGCCAAGCGCAUUUUUGCCCUUAAAUGGGACAAAUGAACCGAUUUAAAUGAGAAAAAAAGCAUAAAAAUAGCGUCAACUACUAAAACAACUACUACUAGAGGUUGAUAUUGAAAUUGGAUACGAAUCACAAACUAUCGAUUAGCCGUAGUCAUUUCAAAGAUUGUGUGUGAGUUUUGUUUUAUUUAAAAUGAAAAUUUUCAACUUUAUAAACAACAAACAAGAUCAAAAAUAAAUUAACAAAAAAAAGCAACAACAAACAUUGUGAGCGAAGGAAAUUUAUUCAGAAUGGCUUCAUUUAGACUAGAAUUUUCUUCAGAGGAUAUGAUUGCAUAAUAAAAUUGAAUACAUUCUUGAAAAUAAAAUGAAGAGAAAAAAUAAAAAAAAAUUAAAGAAAAAGAAA